AUGGAGAAGCCCAGCAACCGCGUGCUUCUAAAGGGGAUCUUUUUAUCACCCACUUUCUAUAAUGUGGAGGCAAUCAAAAGGAUGCAGGAUGAAUUUGAAGUCCGGAACCAAGACGUCAUUAUAGUGACCUAUCCCAAGUCAGGAACCCACUGGAUGAUAGAUAUCAUCAGCCUGAUCUACUCAAAAGGGGACCCCACUUGGGUCAAAUCUGUCCCUUUCUGGAAACGUUCCCCCUGGAUAGAAAUGGAAUAUGGCAUGGAAAUGGUGAAGAAUAAGGAAGACCCACGACUCUUCACUUCCCAUCUCCCUAUCCAUCUCUUCCCUAAGGCUUAUUUUACCAGCAAGGCCAAGGUGAUUUACCUUGCCAGGGACCCAAAGGACGUCAUUGUCUCUUUGUACCAUUUCCAAAAGGAGAUGCCAUCUUUCCAGUCAGGCUUCACUUUUGAGCAUGUCAUUGAGAACUUCCAGCAGGGAAAUGACAGCAUCCAGGGCAGAGGAAGCCCCUCUAAAUCUAUGAGACAGAAAUGGGCAGGAAUCCCAUUUCUCCUUCCCAAUUCCCUUCCAGUGUCCUUUGGGUCCUGGUUUGACCACAUCAAAGGAUGGCUGUCCAGGAAAGAUCCAGAAAGGUUUUUGCUCUUAAAUUAUGAGAAACUUCACCAGGAUCUCAAGGCCAGUGUGGAGAAGAUUUGCCAUUUCCUGGGCAAGGAGCUGAGUGAGGAAGAAAUCAGCUCAGUCCUCAAGAAUGCCUCCUUCCCAGUCAUGAAAAAACACAUUCUGGAAAACAAGGAGCCCAUGCCACUAGAAAAUAUGGAACCCUUCAAAGUGAAAAUCAUGAGAAAAGGUAUCUGUGGAGACUGGAAAAACCACUUCACAGUGACCCAAGCGGAUGUAUUCAAUAAGCUGUACCAAGAGAAGAUGGAGGAGCUGGGCACAGACCUGUUCCCAUGGGACCAGUGCUGAGCUGGACUGUGGCAUCUCUAGUCUUCUCUAAUUCACCCAUAUAUGAUCUGCAGAUGGAGCUAAUUCUGCCUCUCUUCCCUAUCCCUGUUCCUCUACUUGUCUUAUUCUAUACUGGACACAAAGAAAUGUAGCGUUAGAGACUCUGGGCAUUCAUGCUUCUUCCCAGAGGAAAGCUCCUGUGUGUACCCAGUCGCGAGUUUGCUAACUCUCCCU